AGAAAAAGAUUCAGCAUGGGCAUCAUGCGCGCAUCGCGAGAUUCGUCACGUAUGCUCAGGCUCACGCAUGAUAUGACUCAGUCUCGUGAGGCUCUGGCGAUGAUGGAUGCGCAUACAACCACGUUCGGACGUAAAAGAGGCUGCACGAUUUCCCGAUGCGGCGCCUUCCUUCUGGGCGCAUUUUUUCUAAUCAGUUUGGUCGUCACCGGUUUAUUGGUGUACCAUUUCGCACCUUGCCUCGAGGAGAAACAAGUUCAGCCGUGCACGAGCUCUGAUGGCGAUUCGCUCUUGCAGACCGGGAGAAGUUUCCCGACAAUGCCAAUAAAGAAGAAAUUAGAUGUUAGAUUACCAAAGGCUGUCGUGCCCGAUUUGUACGAAUUAUGGCUGACACCCUUCAUAUGGGAGGGCAAUUUCACUUUUCAUGGCGAGGUCAAAAUUUUGGUAAACGUGACAAAAGAUACGAACAAUGUUACGUUGCACGCUGUCGACAUGAAGAUCGACGAGGGCUUUACAAGUAUUAGGGAGUUGUCGGUUAAGAGCAACAAGACUAAGGUAAUCGAGAUCGUGGAGCAGAGAAACGACACCGACAGGCAAUUUCACGUGAUUAGAACAUCGAACACGUUGAAGAAAGGCAAGCAAUACGUCGUGCAUCUCAAGUUCAUUGGCCAUCUGAACGACUAUCUGCAGGGUUUCUACAGGAGCUCAUAUACGGUCGGCAAUCAGACGAGAUGGAUUGCCACGACUCAGUUUCAACCGACGGAUGCGCGCCGUGCUUUCCCAUGUUUCGACGAACCGGCUUUGAAAGCCAAAUUCCAAAUCAACAUAGCACGUCCCAGGAACAUGACGUCUAUCUCGAAUAUGCCCAGAAAAGGGGAACCGAUGCCAGUGCCCGGUUUAGACACAUACGUGUGGGAUCAUUAUGAGCGUUCGGUACCGAUGUCUACGUAUUUGGUGGCCUUCAUAGUUUCCGACUUUGAUGUACGGAAAUCAGAAGAUGGUAACUUUAGAGUUUGGGCGCGCCACGAUGCCAUUAAUCAAUCACAAUAUAGUUUGAAUAUUGGACCGAAAGUACUCAGAUACUACGAGGACUAUUUCAAAAUCAAAUUUCCUUUACCAAAAAUGGAUAUGGUCGCGUUACCUGACUUCUCCGCCGGUGCCAUGGAAAAUUGGGGAUUGAUAACAUAUAGAGAGACAGCAAUGUUGUAUCAGGAAGGUAUAUCGACCAGUGGUAGCAAGCAGCGGGUAGCCGUUGUGGUAUCUCAUGAGCUUGCGCAUCAAUGGUUUGGAAACUUGGUUACUCCAAGUUGGUGGACGGAUCUUUGGUUGAAUGAGGGUUUCGCUAGUUAUAUGGAAUAUAUUGGCAUGGAUGCGGUGGAACCGACGUGGAAAGCGCUGGAACAAUUCGUCGUUCACGAUCUUCAAAAUGUAUUCAGUUUAGACGCUUUGGAAUCUUCUCAUCCUAUAUCCAUUGAGGUCGGCCAUCCGGAUGAAAUCGGUGAAAUCUUUGACAAGAUUUCUUAUGGAAAAGGUGCUUCUAUAAUAAGAAUGAUGGACCAUUUCCUCACGACAGACGUUUUCAAGAAAGGUCUAACUAAUUAUUUGAAUGGAAAAGCCUAUCAAAGUGCGGAGCAAAAUGAUUUGUGGCACGCUUUGACCAAACAAGCUCACAAAGAUAAGGUACUUGACCCAAGCGUAACCGUUAAAGAAAUAAUGGAUACUUGGACCCUGCAAACCGGCUUUCCUGUAGUUACUGUUUCACGAAACUACAACAACAAUAGUAUUACGCUGACACAGGAACGUUUCCUGCUUCGUAAUAGCGGCACGACGAUCACAUCUGAGUCGGAACCAUUAUGGUGGGUACCUAUCACUUAUACGAGCGAGAAGCAAUUAAACUUCAAUAGCACUCGACCUACGAAAUGGAUGAAAGCGGAACGCUCGGUCAUCCUUAACGAUUUGGAUGUAAGCCCGUCUCAGUGGGUACUUUUUAACGUGCAAGAAACUGGGUACUAUAGAGUGAACUAUGAUAGAGCAAACUGGCAAAUGAUAAUUAAACAAUUAAAUGAGCAAAAUUUCAAAGAUAUCUCGACGAUUAAUCGAGCGCAAUUGAUCGACGACGCUCUUAACUUGGCUAAAGCUGGAAAGCUCGACUAUACUAUCGCUUUUGAUGUCACGUCUUACUUGGCCCACGAAAUCGAGUAUUUGCCUUGGAAAGCAGCUUUCAAUGCUAUGGAUUAUCUCAACGAUAUGUUAAUCAAGACCCAAGGUUACGACAAAUUCAGAUUGUACAUAUUGAAACUGCUCGAUAAUGUAUACAAGCAAGUCGGUUUCAUUGACAAAGUAGGAGAUCCUCAGCUGACAGUUUUCACCCGAAUUGACGUUUUAAAUUGGGCGUGCAAUUUCGAUCAUGAGAAUUGCGUUACGAACGCCGUGCAACAAUUUAAGAAUUGGCGUAACACUCCUAACCCAGACGUCAACAAUCCAAUUUCGCCGAAUUUGAAGAGCGUGGUUUACUGCACGGCUAUUCGAGUGGGUGGACAAAGCGAAUGGGAAUUUGCUUGGCAACGAUACCGAGGAACCAACGUAGGAUCGGAGAAGGAUCUGCUCUUGCAGGCAUUAGCCUGCACAAGAGAGAUAUGGCUGUUAAAUCGAUUUUUAGAUUGGGCCAUUACGGAAAAUUCGGGAAUCAGGAAGCAAGAUGCCACCCGAGUUUUCGGAUCGGUCGCCAACAAUAUUGUUGGACAACCACUCACGUUUGAUUACUUUAGAAAUAAAUGGGCGCAUCUCAGGGAAUAUUUUGGAACGUCGCUAUCAACUGUCAAUAACAUUGUAAAAUCAGCAACAAGAGGAAUGAGUACAAGAUACGAAUUGAAAGAUCUGGUAGAGUUUGCAAAGGAACAUCUGGACGAACUUGGUACAGCAACGCGAACCAUACAGCAAGCGGUGGAGCGUGCGGAAUCCAACAUACGAUGGAUUGACAACAAUCAUGCGACGAUUCGCGAUUGGUUACAGAGGAACACCGCGUAAUUGUCGAUACUGAUAGAAAAUUAUUCGGCUCUCCUUGCGGUGAAUCGCGAGUGCAACAUACAUAGUUGUUUGCGAUUUUUGGGCCGAAUUCAUCAUAGUGUCAAAGUGACGCGCGAAAAUUGGUAAAUGGGGCACGAGGAAUGAAAUUGCAAAUAGUCUACUGUUGAAUCGUACAAGACUAUUAUGUGUUUUUGUAUGUAUUUGUAAAUAUAUGGCCCCCCAGCAUUAAUGCGAUAUUUAUAAUGCA